UCUGUCAGUCUGAGUCUGAAUUUGUUUCGCCCAAGACAACAUCAUCGUCGACGACUGCUGACAGUAUCAAAGAUGGCGAGACAAGAGUUACUUUUGAAUACCAUGGAGCGUAUGGAAAUCGAACUACGUUGUGGAAUUUGUUCGGAGCUCAUGGUUUCGGCUACAACUUUGAACUGCAUGCACACUUUCUGCCAGUAUUGUCUCUCGCAGUGGAAACACUUCGAUGCACAACGAGAGACGGUGGAGGGUGGACGGUAUAGGGUGGACGGUGGACGGUGGACGUUGGAGACGGUGGGAUGUCCUGUCUGCAGGGACGUGAUAAUAUCAGAAAAACGAAACUACUUAGCUGACAACUUGAUUGCAAUAAUGGUGGAUAGUUACUCGGAAGAAGAGAAGAACAGUAGAAAGGAGUUGGUUGCGCAACGCCAAGAACAGGCGCAGCAAAAUGUUGAAAUGCCAUCCCAGACGAACUUGGCCAUCCAGUCCACCAAUCGCAUCAAUCAAGAUGUGCUUCUAUUGCCGCCCGUGCUACCGACGCCACCCGUGCUACCGACGCCACCCGUGCUACCAACGCCACCCGUGCUACCGACGCCACCCGUGCUACCGACGCCGCCCGUGCUACCGACGCCACCCGUGCUACCGACGCCACCCGUGCUACCGACGCCGCCCAUGCUACCGACGCCACCCGUGCUACCGACGCCACCGCCUUCACCGCCUCCAGUUGUUCCACCUGCACGAUUGCGAUUGGAGGUUGCGGCCGUAAUUCCUAUACGGAGAAGAUCUGCUGGACGGAGAAGAUCUGCUGGACGGAGAAGACCCGCAAUCUUCGGCAUUCUAGGCCCACGAACAAUUCAAAGAGCUACUGCUAACCGUACGAAUCAGUCCUCAGCCCGCUCAACAUCAGGUCGCACAGUCCAAGGGUCGUUGGCGAGACCGCGCUGGCGUUAUUGAUUUUUAUUAAAUAUUUUACAUUGGGUUAAUCUCCUUUACUUGUGUAAUAUUAUGUAUUUUUAAUUAGGAUGAGAUUUGUUUCCCCGCCCUUCUAAUUUUUAAAAUGUAUGUUUUUGGAAGCUGUUUCAUCAAAUGCUAUAUAUGGUUUUAUUUUCUGAAAUACAAUGUUACGGGAAGUA